AUUCUGCAAAGCUCAGAAGAAUCUGCAUUCUCUUGGAUUUUAAAUGAAUAUAAAAUGAAAGUAGUUUAAAACUUAUCCUCCAAAAUGAAUAUUGAGAAGUCAGAUGAAAAAGCAAAGAAUGGCUUGAAGUCUUCAUUACUUAUAAGUGAUGAAAACGGGAAUAACUACGCAUGUGGAAAAGCUCCACUUUGCCCAAAAAGCUGUGCCACCAAGAUGCAGACAGACCAAAAUGUAGUGACAGAGCAUGACUAUGAUACCAAUGCUGAGGAUGAGUGUGACUUCAAAAGUAUUCCUUUUAAAAAGCAAUGUACUGAAGCACUUGAUCUGCAGAAAGCCCCUGGUGAGUCUAACUGCCCAGAAGCUUUACUGGGAGAUGCAGAUGCCCUGUGCAGAUCGUCAGCGGCUGACCAGACUUAUGUGUGUGCUUUGAACUGUGACCUGGACGAAACACAUUUGCUGAAAGAUAACCUUGCUAUGGCAAAAAUGCAAAAUCCAAGUGUUGAGCAGUUGGUGCCUUACAAUCAGACUGACUUUAACUGUAUGUUGCCUCUUGCUGCUUCAGAGCAAAAGGCACAACCUGUGACAGAAGAUGGGGUGCCCUGCCACGUGAGCACACUAGGUGCUACUGGUAUGGGGGGGACAUUGGGAACGGAUCAAAGAGAAGACGUGUGUCUGAGGAAAACACUAAUAUCUUCUGGCAGUGAAUAUCCAAAAGAGGAAUUUAAUGCAGUUGGUCCAGCAAAAAUGCCUUAUUUCUCCUCUCUGCUAGUGGCUUCGCAAAGCCCACAUACCCAUUCAGAGCUUGAGGUGCUUUGUCUUAGCCCUGCAGAUGUCAAACACUGUCCUGAAACCACUAAUUGUAUUGAAAAAGAACCACAGAAAAUGGAAAUACAGUCCACAAAACUAGCUGUUGGAUGUAUAGAUCCUCCCAGGAAGGACUUCUUAUCACCAUGCAUUAGUUCAUGUGAAGAUGAGCAAAAGAAAUGCCCAGAGCGUAUCCUUGAGCAUGACAAAAUGGGACAUUCCACUGCUGAAACACAGAGGAGUAGACCUGUAAGCAAGGUACACCCCCUCCCAGUAAAUACUAUUGAUGGAAAACAAGUAUCAAAGAAAACAAGUGAAUGUUUAACUAAAGAACAAAGUAUUCCUGGAAAUGCUGCUUUUGGUGAUAGCAACAGCAGGGCUUUCACGACUGAGGCACAACUCUGCAGUAAACCAAAACCACAGAGGACAGUUAAACCUCAACUAAAUUGUGACACAACUUUUGUGGUCUUCAGUCCUGUGGUUGGUGAAAGUAGUUCUGUGCUAUAUACUUCAACCCCUAAAGAGCAGUCAAAAAAUGCAACUUUUUUCACUUCAGCUGUGGAUGAGCUUGGAGACAAGCCUUCUAAACCGCUUUCCAGUGAAGUGCUUCUGGGAGAACGUGAUAGGAAGCCUUCACUUAAAACUAGCCCAGGUCAAAUAGCAGAAAAAGCAGUAGGCAGAUCUUCUAUUGUGCCAAAAAUAACCAAGGCAAAGAAAUCUGAGAUAGUUAGUUUUCCCAAACCUAAUUUCAAAAACGUUAAGCCAAAGGUUAUGUCCAGACCUGUGCUACCCUCAAGAGAAAGUGUGUCAUUAAAAGGAUCUCUGCAAUCCCCCCAACUCUCUACCGCCUCAUCGUGUUCACCAUUUGUUUCCCCGAGGCAAUUGUCCCCUUCCAUAAAAACGCUGAAAAAGAAAAUAGAUUUAGGAAAAGAUAAAGUGGAGCUGCCUGUGAAUAAGCCCCACAAGCUACAUCUUAGCAAACAUCUCUUUGCUAGCCAAGUUCUACAUGCCGCAACUCAUUCCAGAAACGCUUCCCACAAGGCUUCAAAGACACCUGCAUUAAAGCAGAAUCCGGAAGACCUUGGCAAAGCAAACUCUUCCAACUCGGCAUGCUCUCUGGUUUCUGCCGCACUGACGUGUGCAGAGAGCUCCAAAGGGGUGCUCCAUGAUAAAAUGGAAAGUUCAAGUGCUUUAAUGCAGCCAAGUGCUCAAAGCCUCUGUCAGACAGGAGCUGAAAAAGAGCAGCAUGACAACAUGGGAGUUCUGGAAGCAGAAGUACUAAAGGAUCGAGCAAACGAAACAUUUGACUUGCACUCUGUUCCUUUGACACCUUCUGCAAAAGCUGGGGCAGCAGAAGGGAAGAACACAUCAAAGAAAGGCCCCAUGGCACUGCAAAGCACACCGGCUUCCAAGGUGAAAAUGGUGUCACCUGCCUUGAAGAGAAGAAGUGAGAAUAAUAUCUGCACAGCGAAAGGACCUUCUCACAAAGCAGCUGUUUUAUCAAGCUCUGGUAUAGGAUCCUUUCCCAAAGAGAAGCCUGCCUCCAUGAGAAAUUCUGCGGCCUCUUGGGCUAGCUCUGGUAAACUGCUUCCUAAACCCAAAGUGCCUGUCAAAAGGUCAGUGCUGGAGAGAACCCACAGCGUCUCGUCGCUCAGCAGCACGCAGAGCGAGAGGAGUCGUCUCAGCAGUAACUCCACAAGUGCCACCAUCAUAAUCAAAAACGGAGAAUGGUCUUCAAAAACAACUUCUCAGAACAGUGCUUCUGGAUCUCUCCCUUUAAAAGCAUUACCAAGGCCAAGAAUACACUCCUUGAAAACAACUCCAAAAGGAGCCAAGACCAGGUCUGCUUCACUGAGCCAGUGCCUGCCAAAAUCAUCUGGGCCGUUGCACUCAGCAAGGAAAGUCAGUGAGACUAGAAGUACUCCUGGGAGAAAUGGACCCCGCAGUCUAUCUUCUUUUGGUUCUGUUGACAAGGGUAAGCAGCGGAGUCCUAAAAACUCAUGCAUACAGACACAGGCCUCCACAGAUGUGCAUUCACAUGGGACAAAAUCAGCCGAGUUGACACAAUAUAAAACAAAAUGCGAGAACCAAAGCGGAAUAAUCCUGCAGCUGAAGAAAUUCCUGUCCAGCAGUAACCAGAAGUUUGAAGCGUUAACGAUUGUGAUCCAGCACCUACAGUCCUUGAGGGAUGAAGCACUAAGGCAGCAUAAAGAGCUGUCUCAGGAACUGGUUAACCUUCGAGGAGAGCUGGUAACCACUUCAGCAGCUUGUGAGAAAUUGGAGAGAGACAGAAAUGAGCUGCAAGCUGCUUAUGAAGGAUUUGUGCAAAAGUUAAAUCAGCAGCACCACAAGGAUUUAGCCGAGCUGGAGGAGAGGCUUAAACAGUUUUACACUGCAGAAUGUGAGAAACUCCAAAGCAUCUGCAUUGAAGAAGCGGAGAAAUACAAAGCACAGCUCCAAGAGCAGGUGGACAACUUAAAUGUAACACAUGAAAACUUUAAGCUGGAACUUGAAAGCAGCCACUCAGAAAAAGUAGAGGAGCUGAAAAAGGAAUAUGAGUCUUCUUUUUCAGAGCUCAGGAAGGCCCACGAGGCUGAAAGGAAGUCGCUUCAGGAUUCCUUUAAGGAGAAGCAGGAAUUGCUGGAGAAAAAGAUUGAUGAAUUAAAAUGUGAAAAUUACUCUCUAAAUGAGAAGUUGAAAUCAGAAGAGCAAAAACAAUUAGCCAAAGAAAAAGCCACUCCUAAAAACCCGCAGAUUAUGUAUCUGGAGCAGGAACUGGAAAGUUUGAAAGCAGUUCUGGAGAUCAAGAAUGAGAAACUACAUCAGCAGGAUAUAAAGCUACUGAAGAUGGAAAAACUGGUGGAAAACAAUGCAAUCUUGGUGGAUAAACUGAAGAAGUUUCAGCAAGAAAAUGAAGAGUUAAAAGCUCGAAUGGACAAACACAUGGAACUUUCAAGGCAACUUUCUACUGAGCAAGCUGUGUUACAGGAGUCGCUGGAAAAGGAAUCAAAAGUCAACAAACGCCUGUCCAUGGAGAACGAGGAGCUCCUGUGGAAGUUGCACAACGGUGAUCUAUGCAGCCCGAGAAAACUGUCGCCCAGUUCCCCAUCUGUGCCUCUCCAGUCGCCACGAAACUCCGGGAACUUCUCUAGUCCUGCAGUAUCCCCAAGAUGACAUCUCUUGAGAUGAGGAGGCAACUGCAUUUCACUUAGAUCUGCAGAACUGAUCCUAACUGUAAUCACAGGACCGAGAGCUAUAUUAGCUGUACAGUGACUAAACAUAACUGGAACCUAUUUGGUGCAAGAACAGCGAUGAAAGACAGACUGUGGGAGUAAGACACUUGUGUUGCACCUCCCCCAAAAGACUCGACUAUGACCUCUAUGGACCUUGUUGCACAAAGCACUUACGGAGCAAGGAAAGUCUUGUUCAUUGCCUUUUCACCUAACUAUAAGAAAAAGCUCAGGGGCUUAGAGAUGAAGAUCACAACCUUUAUAAUAUGUUCCUUAUCACAGACACUUUUAUAAGGCUGUGUGUAUGCGUGUGUGCUGUGAAUGGAAUGGAUGUAACACACUGUGUGUGUGUCUAAUGCUGCCUUCUUUGCUGUGUACAUAAUAAAGGAUAAAAGCUGAAGACU